CCUGCCUUGUCGUGGAUCUUUCCGGUCCGUGUCAUCGAUGUCAUCGGACGCCGCGGCAUCGCCGGCCCUCAUCAUAUGUCAUUUUCGUUCGAUAGGUGGUCGAGAGGGCGCGUUCCCGGUGUGCCCUCUGUUGCUGGAGCUGCAGCUGCUGUGCCACGGGAGAGAUGACGUCCAGUUCAAACCAAUGCCGUUCAUGGAGGCAGGUGUGUGCAGAGCCUCGCAGCAGGGGCCACAGACGAAUGCUGUGAGGACUGUGCCUUGAACCUUCUGUGCUGCUGUCUUGUCUGAUCAGGCGGCUAUGCAUUGCCCUUCGGCAUCAGUCGGGAGGCCGUCAUCUCCGCCUCGUCCCUCUACGGUCAGCCGGCGACAUUAGCUCAUUGUCAGACAAUGGAUGCCUGGGCCCGGCCCGGGUGUGUGUAUGUGUGUGCAGAGCAUGUGCAGGAGAUGAUGUCCGCCAGUCCGUCAGCCAAGAAGGAUGACGGCCUUGCCAUCGAGAAGAGCGAUGACGUGGCCUUCUCGGUCAUGGUGGAUGAGAUUGAUUGCAUCAUCCACCACCUCAUAUGGGUGGACGCCGACAUUUUCUCGUCCUUCACCGCCCCCCUGCUGCUCAAGUCCAUGCCCUUGCCCCUCUCGUGGUGGUCUGUGGCACACGCACGGCUGGCGGCGUCGAUGCAGGGUGGGGGAGGGGUGGUGGCCGACGAGCUGCACGACAUCCUCAUCGCUCUCGAGAGGCGGCUGAGGGCGCCUGUGGGACGGCAGCUGGAGGCGAGGGUCUUCUCACGGCUGGCCAUCCUGUUCUCGCUGCCGUUCCCCUCGUCGAGCCCCGUGCCGGCCGUGUUGCGGUCCAAGCACGGCCUGGUGCAGUUCUGCGACUCGGUGCUCAAGAGGCAGCCGGCCCUGUGGCCCAACCGGGCGACUUUCCUGCGGGGCGCAAUGCCCCCGCGGGAGAGCAGGAAGGGCAAGGAGGGGCAGGAGGGGGGCGGUGAGGGUCAGGACAAGGACGAGAGCAGGGCCAACAUGCGGCGGCGGUGGUUCUACUUCGGUGCCGCGGUCUUCUCGCUGGCCGCUUACAUCAUGUCGGGACAGAGCUCUGUCAUACACCUUUCACACGUACGUGCAUGAACAGACCAGACACUCACCGACACAUGCGAGAUCUCAUUCAUUGUUAUGUGAGAGCGUGUGUGUGUGUGUGUGUGUGUGUUCAGUCGGGCUCCCAUCACCAUCAUCACCACCAUCAGGAGGCUCAUCCCACCCCGCCUGGUCAGGGUCCUGGGGUGCCGCCACACCCACACCCCCCGCCGCACCAGCCCAACAACAACGGGUCAGUCAGCAGCUUAUGAGGUGUUUGUAUCUCCGUGGCUGGACCUUGCAGUGACGUGUUUCAAUUUCUUGUGUGUGCAGGGCGCAUCUGGACGAGAGUGAUGAGGGCGACGUGUGAAUGAAUGCCGAGAGAGAAGACACCUAGACAGACAGGCGGCCUGCCGUGAGUGUGUUCAUCAGGUGCAUGAUUGAUGAGUGACAUAUUAGACGAUCCGUUUCUAGUGUUCCUGUCCAUUCGCACGUCCCACUCGAGCAAGCGGACACUUGACAAAAC